CAUAUGAAACACUGAACAAACGGUUUCGAGCUGCACAGAAAAACAUUGAUCGAGAGACCAGCCACGUUACAAUGGUUGUGGCAGAGCUGGAGAAGACGCUGAGCAGUUGUCCUGCUGUGGAUUCAGUUGUUAGUCUCCUGGAUGGAGUAGUUGAAAAACUCAGCGUUCUGAAACGAAAGGCAGUUGAAUCAAUCCAGGCUGAAGAUGAAAGUGCAAAACUCUGCAAACGUAGGAUUGAACAUCUGAAAGAACAUAGUAGUGACCAGCCAGCUGCUGCAAACAUGUGGAAGAAGAAACGUAUGGAUCGUAUGAUGGUGGAACAUCUUUUACGCUGUGGCUACUACAAUACAGCUGUAAAACUAGCGAGACAAAGUGGUAUUGAGGACUUGGUAAAUAUUGAGAUGUUUUUGACUGCUAAAGAAGUGGAAGAGUCAUUGGAAAGACAAGAGACUAUGACUUGCUUGGCUUGGUGUCACGAUAACAAAUCCAGGCUCAGAAAAAUGAAGAGCUGUCUGGAGUUCAGCCUAAGGAUUCAGGAGUUCAUUGAACUCAUUCGACAGAACAAGAGACUGGAUGCUGUGAGACAUGCAAGAAAGCAUUUCAGUCAGGCUGAGGGAAGCCAGCUGGACGAGGUUCGACAAGUGAUGGGGAUGUUGGCCUUUCCUUCAGACACUCAUAUUUCCCCCUAUAAGGAUCUCUUGGACCCUGCUCGAUGGAGAAUGCUGAUCCAACAGUUUAGAUAUGAUAACUACAGACUACAUCAGCUGGGAAACAAUUCUGUUUUUACUAUAACACUCCAGGCAGGCCUUUCAGCUAUAAAAACACCACAAUGUUAUAAAGAGGAUGGGAGCUCAAAAAACCCAGACUGCCCUGUGUGUAGCAAAUCCCUGAACAAGCUGGCUCAGCCUCUGCCUAUGGCACAUUGUGCCAACUCCCGACUAGUCUGCAAGAUUUCGGGGGAUGUAAUGAACGAAAAUAAUCCUCCUAUGAUGUUACCAAAUGGAUAUGUCUAUGGAUACAAUUCUCUGCUUUCUAUUCGUCAAGAUGACAAAGUAAUUUGCCCAAGAACCAAAGAAGUCUUCAACUUCUCACAAGCUGAGAAAGUCUACAUCAUGUAGGUCCACAAACCACAUGAUGAAGUGCCGCUGGAAUUUUGACACAGUGUGUAUUGGCAUACCCUGUGAAGGGGGGGGCCUUAAUGUGUGGCAAAGAAGCAAAACCUGCCACCUUGGGGAUCAGACCUGUCGGUGGCAUUAUUGUUUCUUGCGACCAAAGAUCAAUGAGCAUCAAUAAACACUCUUUAAAAAAAAAAAAAAAAAGAGAGGAAUUAUGACUUAAGUUUGUACUUGAAUAAAAACAAAAACAAAUUUUGAUUGUUAAGGUUUUGUAACAUAAAGUAAAAAAAUUGGAUUCUUCUCAAAAGUACUUUCAUCUUCUAAAGGAUAACUUUAAAGAUGGACACUUGCACUGGGGGAAAAGCGAAAAGUUACAACAGAUUUGAAAUUUAAAUCCAUUUUUCUUCCCUCUUUUUCACAAUUGUCCAAGACCCUUUUGUUAUCAAAGAUUUCAGUACUACCAAUGUGUUCUCCUUUAAGCUCCUCUUUGCCUUCUUUGUGAUCCUCUCGUGAAGUAAUCCUGAACAUGAAUGAUGUAACUUAUUUCCAUGGGAAGAUAUUGAUGUGUUUGACACAAGCCUGGCUUCUCUGGAGGAUCAACUAGGGACUGGUUUGAAGGAGUAUGAAGUCUUUUUCCAAACCCAAAUAUUUUAAGGAGGUUGCAUAAGUAUCAAGAGGAACUGAGAACAUUUCAGGCAAAAUCCAAUGCUUGUUUAAAUGUUCUUUUUCCAGUCUACCAUAGUGUUAAAGUCCUUCUAAAGUUAUUAGUUAUGUGCAUAGGGUUCAAUAUGAAAUCAUUAGUGCUACUGCCUUAUUUCUUGCUUUGAGAAUGUACUCACAUGAAAAUGAGCUGGUAUUCUUAAGUGUUGGGCGAAGUUUCUGAAGAUGCCUUGCAGGAUGAUUACAUAAUUUUAGGGUCUAAAUAGUAUUCAUUACUGAAACUAAUAGUUCAAUUUUAACAACUACAGAACACAUCCUUAUGACUUUUCAGAAGAAUUAAACCAUUGUAGUUUAAACAAAACCAUAUUGUAGAGGUUUGUAUUUAGCGCUUAUUUUUGCAUGUUGAUGUUGAUUAGCUAAUAAAAGAUUGUAAAUGUAAAACAUGUUAA